GCUCGUUGUUCCGGAAGCCGGUACCGGGGUCCUGGUGUUGGGAAAUGGCGGCCGGAGAUUGCGAUGUGACGAUGGCCCCGGAGCCGAGCGGAGCGGGAGAGGCCGAUCUGGAGAGAGAGGCUGAAUUAUUUAAAGAACAAGGCAAUGCAUUUUACGCAAAAAAGGACUACAAUGAAGCAUUUAAUUAUUACACAAAAGCAAUAGAUAUCUGUCCUAAAAAUGCCAGUUACUAUGGCAACCGAGCAGCAACUCUGAUGAUGAUUGGUAAGUUCCGGGAGGCUCUUGAAGAUUCACAGCAGGCUGUGAGGCUGGAUGAUGCUUUUGUGAGGGGUCACCUGCGAGAGGGAAAAUGUCAUCUUUCUUUAGGGAAUGCCAUGGCAGCUGGCCGGUGUUUUCAAAAAGUCCUGGAACUGGAACCCAAUAGCCCCCAGGCACUUACGGAGCUGAAGAACGCAGAAGCGGUAUUGGAGUACGAAAGAAUAACUGAACUUGGCUUUGUCAAAAGAGAUUUCAGAAAGGUUGUAUACUAUAUGGAUCGUGCCCUCGAAUUUGCUCCUGCCUGUCACCGCUUCAAAAUCCUUAAAGCUGAAUGCUUAGCCCUUCUUGGCCGUUACCCUGAUGCACAAUCAGUAGCAAGUGACAUUUUGCGUAUGGAUUCCACGAAUGCUGAUGCCCUGUAUGUGAGGGGGCUUUGUCUUUACUAUGAGGACUGCAUUGAAAAGGCUGUUCAAUUCUUUGUCCAGGCUUUAAGAAUGGCACCUGACCAUGAAAAGGCACGACUUGCUUGCAGGAAUGCUAAAGCUUUAAGAGCAAAGAAGGAAGAAGGGAACAGAGCUUUUAAGGAAGGGUCCUUUGAUGAGGCAUUUGAACUUUAUUCAGAAGCUCUGAAAAUAGAUCCAAAUAACAUCAAAACGAAUGCGAAAUUGUACUGUAAUCGAGGGACGGUGGGAUCGAAGCUCAAUAAGAUGCAACAAGCAAUAGAAGACUGCACAAAUGCAAUAAAACUUGAUGACACAUAUAUCAAGGCUUACAUGAGGCGGGCACAGUGUUAUAUGGAUACAGAACAAUAUGAAGAGGCUGUAAGAGAUUAUGAGAAGAUUUACCAGACAGAGAAAACAAAAGAGCACAAACAGCUUCUUAAGAAUGCACAACUGGAGUUGAAGAAAAGCAAACGAAAAGAUUACUACAAAAUUCUUGGUGUUGAUAAAAGUGCUUCGGAAGAUGAAAUAAAGAAAGCUUACAGAAAGCGGGCACUGAUGCACCAUCCAGAUCGACAUAGUAGUGCCAGUCCAGAGGUACAGAAGGAAGAAGAAAAGAAAUUUAAAGAAGUGGGAGAAGCUUUUAGUAUCCUCUCAGAUCCAAAAAAGAAAGCACGUUAUGACAGUGGUCAAGAUUUGGACGAUGAUGGCAUGAACUCUGGUGAUUUCGAUGCUAAUAAUAUUUUCAAGGCAUUUUUCGGUAGCCCGGGUGGCUUCAGUUUUGAAGCUUCUGGUCCUGGGAAUUUUUUCUUCCAAUUUGGCUAAUGCGCAACCUUUUUGUUCAAUGUCACUGGGUGUAACUCAAGCAAAAAUAAAAUAAAUAUCCCUGUU